UGGGAGAUGUUGAAGUUCAAGUAUGGGGCACGGACUCCACAGGAUGCUGGUGCUGCAGAAGCCAUCGCCAGCCGUGCCUCCAGGCUGAAUCUUUUUUUCCAGGGGAAACCACCCUCUAUGACUCAACAGCAGAUGUCUCCUCUUUCCCGAGAAGGGAUAUUAGAUGCCCUCUUUGUUCUCUUUGAAGAGUGCAGUCAGCCUGCUCUGAUGAAGAUCAAACACGUGAGCAACUUUGUCCGGAAGUAUUCUGACACCAUAGCUGAUCUACGGGAACUUCAGCCUUCAGCCAAGGACUUUGAAGUCCGAAGUCUUGUAGGCUGUGGCCACUUUGCUGAAGUGCAGGUGGUGAGGGAGAGAGCGACUGGACACGUCUAUGCCAUGAAAGUCAUGAAGAAGAAGGCCCUGUUGGCCCAGGAGCAGGUCUCAUUUUUUGAGGAAGAACGGAACAUUUUAUGUUGGAGCACGAGCCCUUGGCUCCCCCAGUUACAGUAUGCUUUUCAGGACAAAAUAAACCUUUAUCUGGUCAUGGAAUAUCAGCCUGGCGGGGACUUGCUAUCACUUUUGAAUAGAUAUGAGGACCAAUUAGAUGAAAAUAUGAUUCAGUUUUACCUGGCUGAACUGAUUUUGGCUGUUCACAGUGUUCAUCAGAUGGGAUAUAUACAUCGAGAUGUCAAACCUGAGAACAUUCUCAUUGACCGAACGGGACACAUCAAGUUGGUGGAUUUUGGAUCAGCUGCUAAAAUGAACUCAAAUAAGACGGUGAAUGCCAAACUCCCCAUUGGGACCCCAGAUUAUAUGGCGCCGGAAGUGCUGACCGUGAUGAAUGGGGACGGAAAGGGCGUCUAUGGGCUGGCCUGUGACUGGUGGUCUGUGGGAGUUAUCACUUAUGAGAUGGUUUAUGGAAGGUCCCCAUUCACUGAGGGCACCUCUGCCAGAACCUUCAGCAACAUCAUGAAUUUCCAGCGCUUUUUGAAGUUUCCGGACGAUCCCCAAAUCAGCAGUGAAUUACUUGAUCUGAUGCAAAGUUUGUUGUGUGGCCAGAGAGAGAGACUGCAGUUUGAAGGCCUUUGCUGUCAUCCUUUCUUCUCUAAGAUCGACUGGAACAACAUUCGUAACUCUCCUCCCCCCUUCGUUCCCACCCUCAAGUCUGAUGAUGACACCUCCAAUUUUGAUGAACCAGAGAAGAAUUCGUGGGUUUCAUCCUCUCCGUGCCAGCUGAGCCCCUCAGGUUUCUCGGGUGAAGAACUGCCGUUUGUGGGGUUUUCGUACAGCAAGGCACUGGGGAUUCUUGGUAGAUCUGAGUCUGUUGUGUCGGGUCUGGACUCCCCUGCCAAGACUAGCUCCAUGGAAAAGAAACUUCUCAUCAAAAGCAAAGAGCUGCAAGACUCCCAGGACAAGUGCCACAAGAUGGAGCAGGAAAUGACCCGGUUACAUCGGAGAGUGUCAGAGGUGGAGGCUGUGCUUAGUCAGAAGGAGGUGGAGCUGAAGGCCUCUGAGACUCAGCGAUCCCUCCUGGAGCAGGACCUUGCUACCUACAUCACAGAAUGCAGUAGCUUAAAGCGAAGUCUGGAGCAAGCACGGAUGGAGGUGUCCCAGGAGGACGACAAAGCGCUGCAGCUUCUCCAUGAUAUCAGAGAGCAGAGCCGGAAGCUCCAAGAAAUCAAAGAGCAGGAGUACCAGGCUCAGGUAGAAGAAAUGAGGCUGAUGAUGAAUCAGCUGGAGGAGGACCUCGUUUCUGCAAGAAGACGGAGUGAUCUCUACGAAUCUGAGCUGAGGGAGUCUCGGCUCGCUGCUGAGGAGUUUAAGCGGAAAGCGACAGAGUGUCAGCACAAACUCCUGAAGGCUAAGGAUCAAGGGAAGCCUGAAGUGGGAGAAUAUUCCAAACUGGAGAAGAUCAAUGCUGAGCAGCAAAUCAAAAUUCAGGAGCUCCAAGAGAAGCUGGAGAAGGCAGUGAAAGCCAGCACAGAGGCUACCGAGCUGCUGCAGAAUAUCCGCCAGGCCAAGGAAAGAGCCGAGCGUGAGCUGGAGAAGCUGCAGAACCGCGAGGAUUCUUCAGAAGGCAUCAAAAAGAAGCUGGUUGAAGCUGAGGAACGCCGCCAUUCUCUGGAGAACAAGGUAAAGAGGCUAGAGACCGUGGAGCGUAGAGAAAACAGACUGAAGGAUGACAUCCAGACAAAAUCCCAACAGAUCCAGCAGAUGGCUGAUAAAAUUCUGGAGCUAGAAGAGAAGCACCGAGAGGCCCAGGUCUCAGCCCAGCACUUGGAGGUGCACCUGAAACAGAAAGAGCAGCACUAUGAGGAAAAAAUUAAAGUGCUGGACAACCAGAUAAAGAAAGACCUGGCUGAUAAAGAGACUCUGGAGAAUCUGAUGCAGAGACACGAGGAGGAGGCCCAUGAGAAAGGCAAAAUUCUCAGCGAGCAGAAGGCGAUGAUCAAUGCUAUGGACUCAAAGAUCAGAUCCCUGGAGCAGAGGAUUGUGGAACUGUCAGAAGCCAAUAAACUUGCUGCAAACAGCAGUCUUUUCACUCAGAGGAACAUGAAGGCCCAGGAAGAGAUGAUUUCAGAACUCAGGCAACAGAAGUUUUACCUGGAGACGCAGGCUGGGAAAUUGGAGGCCCAGAACCGAAAGCUGGAGGAACAGCUGGAAAAAAUCAGCCACCAGGACCACAGUGACAAGAGCCGGCUGCUGGAGCUGGAGACGAGGUUGAGAGAGGUCAGCCUAGAGCAUGAGGAGCAGAAAUUGGAGCUGAAGCGCCAGCUCACAGAGCUGCAGCUCUCCCUACAAGAGCGUGAGUCCCAGCUGACAGCCUUGCAGGCUGCCCGGGCGGCUCUGGAGAGCCAGCUUCGCCAGGCGAAGACGGAGCUGGAAGAGACUACAGCAGAAGCAGAAGAAGAGAUCCAGGCGCUCACGGCACAUAGAGAUGAAAUCCAGCGCAAAUUUGAUGCCCUUCGUAACAGCUGUACUGUAAUCACAGACCUGGAGGAGCAGCUGAACCAACUGACUGAGGACAAUGCUGAGCUCAACAACCAAAAUUUCUACUUGUCCAAACAACUCGAUGAGGCUUCCGGUGCCAACGAUGAGCUGGUGCAGCUGCGGAGCGAAGUGGACCACCUCCGCCGCGAGAUCACAGAGAGGGAGAUGCAGCUCACCAGCCAGAAGCAAACGAUGGAGGCUCUGAAGACCACCUGCACGAUGCUGGAAGAACAGGUCAUGGACCUGGAGGCCCUGAAUGACGAGCUACUGGAGAAGGAGCGGCAGUGGGAGGCGUGGAGGAGUGUCCUGGGCGACGAGAAGUCCCAGUUUGAGUGUCGGGUGCGAGAGUUACAGCGGAUGCUGGACACCGAGAAGCAGAGCAGGGCCAGAGCUGAUCAGCGAAUCACUGAGUCACGCCAGGUGGUGGAGCUGGCGGUGAAGGAGCACAAGGCCGAGAUUCUCGCCCUGCAGCAAGCUCUUAAAGAACAGAAGCUGAAAGCCGAGAGCCUCUCCGACAAGCUCAAUGACCUGGAGAAGAAACACGCCAUGCUUGAAAUGAAUGCCCGCAGUUUACAACAGAAACUGGAGACGGAACGAGAGCUCAAGCAAAGGCUCCUGGAGGAGCAAGCCAAACUGCAGCAGCAGAUGGACCUACAGAAGAACCAUAUUUUCCGUCUGACUCAAGGGCUGCAAGAAGCUCUAGAUCGGGCUGAUCUGCUGAAGACAGAGAGGAGUGAUUUGGAAUACCAACUAGAAAACAUUCAGGUUCUCUAUUCUCAUGAAAAGGUGAAAAUGGAAGGCACUAUUUCUCAACAAACCAAACUCAUUGACUUUCUGCAAGCCAAAAUGGACCAACCUGCUAAAAAGAAAAAGGGUUUAUUUAGUCGACGGAAAGAGGACCCUGCUUUGCCCACACAGGUUCCUCUGCAGUACAAUGAGCUGAAGGUGGCCUUGGAGAAGGAGAAAGCUCGCUGUGCAGAGCUGGAGGAAGCCCUGCAGAAGACCCGCAUCGAGCUCCGGUCUGCCCGGGAGGAAGCUGCUCAUCGGAAAGCCACAGACCACCCACACCCCUCUACGCCAGCCACCGCCAGGCAGCAGAUCGCCAUGUCCGCCAUCGUGCGCUCGCCUGAGCACCAGCCCAGUGCCAUGAGCCUGCUUGCCCCCCCAUCCAGCCGCAGAAAGGAGUCUGCAACACCAGAGGAAUUCAGUCGGCGUCUCAAGGAGCGCAUGCACCAUAAUAUUCCUCACCGAUUUAACGUGGGACUGAACAUGCGAGCCACGAAGUGUGCCGUGUGCCUGGACACCGUGCACUUCGGACGCCAAGCCUCCAAGUGUCUCGAGUGUCAGGUGAUGUGUCAUCCCAAGUGUUCCACGUGCUUGCCGGCGACCUGUGGCCUGCCCGCUGAAUACGCCACACAUUUCACUGAGGCCUUCUGCCGUGACAAAAUGAACUCCCCAGGUCUCCAGAGCAAGGAACCCAGCAGCAGCUUGCAUCUGGAAGGCUGGAUGAAGGUGCCCAGAAAUAACAAACGAGGACAGCAAGGCUGGGACAGGAAGUACAUCGUCCUGGAGGGGUCCAAAGUCCUUAUCUACGACAACGAAGCCAGAGAAGCUGGACAGAGGCCGGUGGAAGAAUUUGAGCUGUGCCUUCCCGACGGGGACGUAUCUAUUCAUGGCGCCGUUGGUGCUUCUGAACUCGCAAACACAGCCAAAGCAGAUGUCCCAUACGUACUGAAGAUGGAAUCCCACCCACACACCACCUGCUGGCCUGGGAGAAGCCUCUACUUGCUAGCCCCCAGCUUCCCCGACAAACAGCGCUGGGUCACCGCCUUAGAAUCAGUUGUCGCAGGUGGGAGAGUUUCUAGGGAAAAAGCAGAAGCCGACGCUAAACUGCUUGGAAACUCCCUGCUGAAACUGGAAGGCGAUGACCGACUGGACAUGAACUGCACACUGCCCUUCAGCGACCAGGUGGUGUUGGUGGGCACCGAGGAAGGGCUCUAUGCGCUGAAUGUCUUGAAAAACUCGCUCACCCACAUCCCAGGCAUUGGCGCCGUCUUCCAAAUCUAUAUCAUCAAGGACCUGGAGAAGCUACUCAUGAUAGCAGGAGAAGAGCGGGCCCUGUGUCUUGUCGACGUGAAAAAAGUGAAGCAGUCCCUGGCCCAGUCUCACCUUCCCGCCCAGCCGGACAUCUCACCCAACAUCUUCGAAGCUGUCAAGGGCUGCCACUUGUUUGCUGCUGGCAAGAUUGAGAAUGGGCUUUGCAUCUGUGCAGCCAUGCCCAGCAAAGUCGUCAUUCUACGCUACAAUGAAAACCUCAGCAAGUACUGCAUUCGGAAAGAGAUAGAGACCUCGGAGCCCUGCAGCUGUAUCCACUUCACCAACUACAGUAUCCUCAUUGGAACCAAUAAAUUCUACGAAAUCGACAUGAAGCAGUACACGCUGGAGGAAUUCCUGGAUAAGAACGACCACUCCCUGGCGCCUGCGGUCUUCGCCUCCUCUUCCAACAGCUUCCCUGUCUCCAUCGUGCAGGUGAACGGUGCCGGGCAGCGGGAAGAGCAUCUGCUCUGCUUCCACGAAUUUGGGGUGUUCGUGGAUUCCUAUGGAAGACGCAGCCGCACAGACGAUCUCAAGUGGAGCCGCUUACCUUUGGCCUUCGCUUACAGAGAACCCUACCUGUUCGUGACCCACUUCAAUUCGCUUGAAGUAAUCGAGAUCCAGGCCCGUUCCUCUCUGGGGACCCCUGCCCGAGCAUAUUUGGAAAUUCCGAAUCCACGCUACCUGGGCCCUGCCAUUUCCUCGGGUGCGAUUUACCUGGCAUCCUCCUACCAAGAUAAGUUAAGAGUCAUCUGCUGCAAAGGAAACCUCGUGAAGGAGUCCGGCACUGACCACCACCGGGGCCCCUCCACCUCCCGCAGCAGCCCCAACAAGCGAGGCCCGCCAACCUACAAUGAGCACAUCACCAAGCGCGUGGCCUCCAGCCCAGCGCCACCCGAAGGCCCCAGCCACCCGCGAGAGCCAAGCACACCCCACCGCUACCGGGAGGGGCGGACCGAGCUGCGCAGAGAUAAGUCUCCUGGCCGCCCCUUGGAGCGGGAGAAGUCCCCUGGCCGGGUGCUCAGCACACGGAGAGAGCGGUCUCCCGGGAGGCUGUUUGAAGACAGCAGCAGGGGCCGGCUGCCCGUGGGGGCCGUGAGGACCCCACUGUCCCAGGUCAACAAGGUCUGGGACCAGUCUUCAGUAUAAAUCAUAGCCAGGAACACCGACUCCUCAUCAUAAUCUGCGGGAAAACACCAGACACGUGAUGGAACUCUGCUGAAAGGGACCCCAGUGCCCAUCUGCUCGGCCACCCACGGCACAGCUGGACCCAGGCCCAGCUCAGCACGGACACCCCUGCAUCCAGGAGGCGCGGGGGGCCACGGUGCCCAGGAGCCGUGGGUGCCCUCCUGCAGUCAUGCUCUGCACUUUGUUACUCUUCCGAGCGGUCAUAAACUUUUGUACCUAGCCCUAGCCUGUCCUGCCCACCAGGGGGCGCCAGCCGCGGACGGCGGUGGCUGGACGGGAGUGACCCCGACUCAGACUAGGGUUGGUGGGCUUUCAGUUUUGUUUUUCUUUCCUUUGGUUUGCGUUUUGUUUUGUUUUUUUAGACAACAGAAUUCUUAACAGGUUUGAACAGCAGCGUAUUUCCUGUCGUGUCGUUUUAGCCAGACCGUCCCACCAGGUCUGCGCCACCGAGGCUGUUGCAGACAGUCCCCGCCUUUGGCUACGCGCCCAGCCGCAGCCGUCGCUGCGCCCUCGUCCCUGCCCAUCCUCACAGGUGGCCCUGCCGCAGCCGGGGUGACAUCUUAGCCAAAUGUUUACUGUUCUCAUUGCCUUUAAGGCCCUGACGACGUCCCCUCCCACCAGCGAGAAUGUACGGAGGUCAUCGGGCCUCGGCUCGGAGGCAGAGACUUGGGGCCCAGGGACCCGGAGCGCUUUCCCUCCCCGCCCCUCAGCGUCGCCCCCUGGCUGCUGCCCCUGCUGUCCUCGUAGCUUUGGCCAGGAAAGCAUGCAACAGACUUGCUCCGAGCCCAGCAUUAUGGGGCCUCUGGGUCCAGGCGGGCCUCCCGCCCGCCGCGGCGCUGCGCCCCGCGCUGGGACUGAAGAGGCCCCCUGGAGCUCUGCAUGGCGGUUCGCUGCAUGUGCUGCCCCGACCCGGCCGCCCCCUCGGGUUGCGCUGCCAGUGUGCGAGCACCACCCCACAGCGCCCGCCGAAUCGAGCCCCUCUGGCGACUCGCCGACUCACUGGCCACACAAGCUGCAGUCUGUAGCACUGAACACACACAAAACCAAACGCGCAAGCCUUACGACCAGAGAAGGAUUUCCAGCAGACCACCACCUCACACUCACGCUUCCCGGCCACCCCCGCGGACGACUCUGUGUUCACAAAAUCCAGCACGGUUCUACCCCACGAAACUGUGACAUCCAAACGAGCCUUUCCCGAGGGCUAGGCUAAGACCAGGAGGCUUGAGAAAGAAGCCGCAGCUCAACUCCCCACUCUGCGGGGGCGGGGCCCCCUAGGUGCAGUGCGGCUCCCGCCGCUGAGCUCUCCCGCGUCAGAGCGGGACUCCUGGCAACUGGUAACAACUACCCUAGAGGCUUUGCAGUUGGCAAGCUAACUAGCGGCCUUAUUUCUGCCUUUAAUCUCCCACAAGGCACAUCUUGCUUCCAAUUCUCCACGACUCUAGGCCCGCCUCGAACCACGCAGGCAAUCCUAGGUAGGCUGAAGGGUAGACCUGGUUCCACCGCACCGGUGAGCCAGCCCGCCGUGUCCCCGGUCACUCCUCUCCAGACUGCACCUGGCCCAGGUCCCGGCUCCUUCCUGCUCGUCUCUCAACCUAAGUGCUUUCUUGUUGGAAACGCCCUUGAGCCCCCACGUGUCGCCCCCCCUGGCAAGUGUCAC